AAUAGCACACAGAAAGAAACAGACCGUCUUUUCUAGGGGUUUAGAUAUAUUGUGAAACAGUCUCAUAGAGAUCUCCAUUCCUCCUCUUGCACAAUCAACAGCUAAGACUAAGAGGGAAAAUGGGCUUGGCAGCUGGGAGCUCAAGGUGGCCUUCCUGUGUUUCUCAUGCAUUUAUUCUUGUUGCUGGGCUAUUGAUUCUCUCAAACAUGCCAUGUGAAGCUCAACUUUCUUCGUCAUUCUAUGAUAAUGCCUGUCCAAGUGCACUCAGUACCAUCCGGACAGCCAUAAGGACUGCGGUAUCCCGCGAGCGUAGAAUGGCAGCAUCUCUGAUUCGUCUCCAUUUCCAUGACUGCUUUGUUCAGGGCUGUGAUGCAUCAAUCUUGCUUGAUGAUUCCCCCACCAUUCAAAGUGAGAAAAAUGCACCUAACAAUAACAAUUCAGUUAGAGGGUUCGAAGUCAUAGACAAUGUCAAGUCUCAGGUGGAGAACAUUUGUCCAGGCGUUGUAUCCUGUGCAGACAUUCUUGCAGUGGCAGCACGAGAUGCAUCUGUUGCAGUUGGGGGGCCAACAUGGACACUGAAGCUUGGAAGAAGAGACUCCACCACUUCAGGCCUCAGCCAAGCUGCAACUAACCUUCCAACCUUUAGAGACGGCCUGGACAGGCUUACUUCCUUGUUCAGUAGCAAAGGUUUAAGUACAAGAGACAUGGUUGCUCUUUCAGGUUCCCAUACAAUAGGCCAAGCAAGAUGCGUGACCUUCCGCGAUAGAAUAUACGGCAAUGGAACUAACAUUGAUGCUGGCUUUGCUAGCACUCGGAGGCGCCGGUGUCCUGCUGAUAAUGGGAAUGGUGAUGAUAAUCUUGCACCCCUGGAUUUGGUGACACCCAAUUCUUUCGAUAACAAUUACUUCAAGAAUCUCAUUCAAAGAAAAGGCCUCCUUCAAUCAGACCAGGUACUUUUUAACGGAGGAUCUACCGAUAGUAUUGUCACGGAGUAUAGCAAGAGCCCUUCAACUUUCAGCUCUGAUUUUUCAUCUGCCAUGGUAAAAAUGGGAGAUAUCGAACCUCUCAUUGGCUCUGCUGGAGUGAUAAGAAAAUUCUGCAACGUUAUAAACUAAUUUUUCCACGAGGUGUUUCAUUCAAAAUCCAAGUGUCAAUAUUAAUGUUAGUCGACUAACUACGUUUUUUUUUUUUUCCUUUGUCUUCGUUGGUACAGUCAGUCUCUGAUUUUUGUAUUUUAUAGUACAUUGUUACUGUUGUUUGUCGGCAUUGGGAAAAUUCCCUUAUUAAUUUGUAUCAGUCUUCUACUCUAAUUGAAAUAUGAGCAUCCAUCUGU